AUGAAUUCAAUAAUUGGAUCUCAGCAAGGUAGGUACGAAAGAAUCGAUAAAGAAAAUACAGCUCCUCAAGAGUACAGCAAUAACUCCAAAUCAACAGUGUCUUUAUUAUCCGGCACAAACGAUGGUAUUCAUAUUCCAAAGCACAGAUCUGUUUUGAGUGAUGUCACUUCACAGAUUGAAAACAAGCAAAGUACAAAUUUGAAUAACAAGCCCCAGACAGGCAACGCCUCUGCAUUGAAUAACGGCACCACGUACAGCAAUCCCGGUACAAAUAACCAUCAGAGCACUAUUAUAGAGACACUGACUUCAUCACCUUCACUUUCCACAAGCAGUAGCAUUAUCAACGCGUCUGUCGUCCGGGAAAAGCAUCAUUUCCCCUCGGAUACUGUAUCGGUAGAGGAUGAUUUCGAAGAUAACGAUUCUUACAAAAAUGACGUAAACGAAUAUUCCCCGAUCGAGGAGGAUGACAACAAUAACUAUUUGAAGGAACCCUUGGAGCCAAAGAUUGAUGCCAGCAUACAGGCUACCUUGGAUGAAAGUUACAAAAAGUAUGAUAGAUCGACGCCCGAUCCAAUGGACGAAGACACAUACGAUAUAGUAAUGGUGGCUGAACUCAGCAACGACAUAUUUGCAUAUCUUAGGAAGCUAGAGUUAAAGUUCAGGCCAAAUCCAAAUUACAUGCAUUACCAAAGACAUUUAAAGUGGUCAUACAGAAGGAUUCUUCUUGAUUGGCUAGUAGAAGUCCAUAACCGGUUCCAAUUACUCCCCGAGACUCUAUAUCUGACGGUAAAUCUAAUAGAUCGUCUCCUAUCAAAGAAAUCCGUACUUUUGGAUAGAUUCCAGGUUGUAGGUGCGGCAGCUUUAUUCAUCGCAGCCAAAUACGAAGAGAUCAACUGUCCAACUUUGAAAGAAAUUGUGUACAUGUUAAACGGUACUUACACAAAGGAAGAUAUCAUAGCGGCGGAAACGUAUAUUAUAGACAGUCUCGGUUUCGAAAUAGGUUUCCCUGGGCCGAUGUCGUUCCUGCGCAGAAUAAGCAAAGCAGACGACUACGAAUACGACGUAAGAACGUUGGCUAAGUACCUUCUUGAAUCUACAAUUAUGGACUCAAGAUUGGUAUCUGCUGUGCCAAGUUGGCUGGCAGCUAGUGCAUACUUUCUCAGUAAAGUAAUCCUCGGCUACACCACGUGGUCUCAGAAACACACGUAUUAUUCUGGCUACACUCAGCAGCAGAUAUUGCCGUUGGCAUCAAUAAUCCUGGAUAACUGUAAAGACGCUACCGCCCAUCAUAGGGUGAUUUAUGAGAAGUACUCGCAUAGGCGCUACGGAAACUGCUCCCAGAUAGUCGCCAGAUGGAUUGAAGCAACAGAAAGAAAGAUUACGAAAAAGGACACACUCGUGAAUGAGGGGGACAGAACAAGGUAA